CUCUUCCCCCGCAUCUUGUGUAGCCUACUCCAUCGCAUCUAUCGUACCAGCCUGGAAUUAUGUUUGAUAGUCGGGUUACACAGGUGAGGAGAAAGGCGCGGAGGGCAACAGCGUCAGCGCUGUCAGCAAUCCCACUAUGGCUACUUGCAGCAGGCGUAACACGACCAAGCUAACCGACGAAUAGACAGGAACAGGAAGGAAGCAGCGACUUGAGAAGUUAUGAGUCCGGUUCUUUGAUUGAACAAGUUUGAGACGGCAAUUUGCAAAUCUCACCUGUUCACCUUCACCAACUCCCGGUUGUCAGCCGCCACUAUCACACCCAUCUGAAUCUCAUCCUCUCCCGUUUCCGCCAUUUAGCGUCUUUUUUGGUUCACACUCCUUUAAAACCGAAUCUCGCAAUUUUCAUAGUCGUCAAUUGACCGUAAUCGGGAAUGGCGGCACAAUCCAUUUCGGAAGGCGAAGUCGCCUUCGACGCACCCGGUGCUGGCAAGCCGUGUAAAACAUGGUACAAGAUUAUCGGGAGCCUCGACUCCGAAGCCAUACCUCUUAUCGCACUUCACGGAGGUCCGGGAGGGGGUCACGAGUACCUAACCCCGCUGGUUGACCUCUACGAGAAGCACGGAAUUCCCAUCAUAUUCUAUGAUCAAAUAGGAUGCGCUAGGUCAACGCACCUGCAAGAGAAAAAAGGCGAUGACUCGUUCUGGACCUUUGAUCUCUUUGUGAAGGAGCUUGACAACCUCGUGGAUCAUUUGAAGCUUCGCGAGAAGGGCUUUUACGUCCUCGGCCAGAGUUGGGGUGGCAUGUUGGGAAGCACAUACGCUUUCCGCCAACCGCGAGGACUGAAGAAGUUGAUAUUGGUUAGCUCCCCAGCUAGCAUCCCUCUUUACAUGGAAAACUGCAAGAUUUUACUUGCUGGUCUGCCGAGGGAUAUCCGCGAUACUCUUGAAGAGUGCGAUAGGCUCGGCGAUCAUGAAAGCGAAAGGUUUCAAGAGGCGGCUUUCGUGUUUAACAAGAAACACGUCUGUCGAAUUGACCCGAUGCCUGAACCUGUAGUGGCGGCAUUCCAACAUCUCAAAGAGGAUCCUACUUCAUAUGUUACUAUGCAAGGUCCAUCGGAAUUUAUCAUUGAAGGCACCGCCUUCAAGGGUUGGGAGGGAUUCAAACAAGGCCAUAAAAUCCAGGCGCCGACGCUACUUAUCAAUGGAGGACAUGAUGAGGUAGGAGAUGUGUGUUUCGAGCCAUGGUUCUGGACUAUUCCCAAUGUGAGAUGGGUCACGCUCCAAGGUGCCAGUCACAUGUCACACUGGGAGGAACGCGACCGGUUUAUCCAACUUUGCGGGACUUUCCUGAAAGGCUUCAAAUGACCUCAGAUAACAACAGUGUUGAUCUUCAGGGAAUCUGAUAGUCAGACGCUACAGUCGCACUAAAGAAUUAGUAUGUGGAGGGGAAAUAUCUAUCAAUAUCUACUCCAUUAUUAAUACU